AUGGCUUUGGAAGAAUCCAUAACAACACGUACACAUCAUCGUUCAAUACCACCGAUCUAUUUAUCAUAUUCUAACCAAACUGGUUUUAUUGAACGAUAUUUUGUUGUUAAACUUUAUCAACAACUCGUAGAAAGUGGUUUAGGAGAAGGUGUAAUAUGGUUUGAUCAUAAUCUAGGAAUACAUCCUGAUAAAUCGGCUACUUGGUUUGCUGAUCGUCUUGAAGCAAUCGAUUUAUCACUUGGUAGCAUUUUGAUAUUAUCUAAUGCAUGUCAACAUCAACGUUUGAUGGCAAUUGAAUCAAAAGCUAUUAUUGAUAGAAAAUUAUUAACAGGUACAACAACCGUUUAUGGUUUAUUUGUUAUUUUAUUAGAUGAAUGUCAUGAUGUUACAUAUUUACGUUCACGAGCAGAUUUUUUUCAUGCUUUUAAUAAAACAGAAUCGAUGUUAGAAGUUGGAGAACGUAUAUCAGUCAUUUUAAAACAAUUAUUAAUAAAGUUAUUACCAUAUAAACAAUUUGCUUCUAUUCAAAAUAAUUUAACAAUACAUGAACAGAAAAUUGAUGAAGAAGAACCUAAACAAUUAUGCUCUUGGACAUCGAAAGAUAUUCAAUCAUUUCUAACUCGUAUUGGUGUUCAACAAUCAAGUCGAGAUUUAUUUGCUGAAAAACAAAUCGAUGGUUAUUUAUUAUUAGCAUGUACUGAAAAUGAGUUAAAAGAUUAUUUUCAAAUGAAUAAUCGUAAAGUUCGACAAAUAUUAAUUGAACAUGUUAUACAAACAAUUCAUCGUGAACGACAAAGUCGACCUCAAUGGCAUUAUGAAGCUAAAAAAACCAAAGGAAAAAGUGAUCAUGUCUAUUUAAUUUAUGAUCCUGAAGAUCAUUCAAUAGCUAAUGAAAUUUCAAAUUUUUUAAAAGAUAAAAAAUUUCGAGUAUUCACACAUAAUUCUCGAUAUGGAAAAAACAAACAUGAAUUUUUAGCUUUAAAUGGACCUGUUAUGGCUCGAACAAAAGAUGUUAUUUUUUUAUUAACAGGAAAAUCAUGUCGUUCAACAUUUACAUUUCAUGAAUUAACAUUAGCUGAAUGGUUCGAAAAACCAAUUGUUACAGUUUAUGUAGAACAUGUUUGGACAAAUAUGAGAUCGUCAAUUCGUGCUUUACUUGCUGAUUAUCCAUCAGUUGAUUUUAUGCAUCAAACAUUAAAUGAAAGUCUUACAAUUUUACAUGCAUAUCUUCGUCCACAAAUGCUUUCAUCAGAAGAACCUGAUGAAUACAUUCAAAAACUUAAACAAACAGUUCGACCAUUAGCAAGUAUAGCAACAUCUAAUAGUAAUUUAAAACCAAAACUAUCUUCUCAAGUGAAUGAAAAUGAUUCGGGAAAUGUACGUUUUGUUUAUUUAAGUUAUUCAAAAACAACUGAAAAAUGGAAUGUUAUUCAUGCUAUUGAACGACUUAUAUUCGUGCUUGAAACAAAUCAUUUUCAUACUGGAGUUCAAAUGACAAAUGUUACUAAUAAUAGUAGUCGAGAAAGUGAUCUUCAUCAUCUACCAAAAAUUCAAUCGAAAUCUUCCUCUAUCAAUCCAAAUGAUUCUUAUCUUCAUGGUUUUAAUCCAUCAAUAACAACAGUAACAUCAACUGAUACUCGUCGUAUAAUAGGUCCAGGUGAUAUUCGUCAUUGUCGUGUUAUGAUUGUUUGUUUGACACCAAAAUAUUUUCUUAAUGAACAUUGUUUAAAUGAAUUACGAUUAUGUGAAAUAUAUCAAAAGCCAAUUCUUGUUGUUCUAUUACGACAUAUGAAAUAUUAUCAUUCAAAUAAUAUAUUAAAUACAAAUAUGAGUCUUGAUGAACAAAUAAAUACGUUUAUACCAUCAAAAUUACCAAUGACAACAUUAAAUUUUUUACGUAAAAAUAUUCGUUCAUCAUGUAUUGAUUUAACAACAAAUGAAUUAUUUUCAAGAAAUGUUCCAAUUUUAUUACGAAGAUUAGAAACAAUGCUCGGAAAACAUCGAAAUCAAAUGGAUGGAACAGCACAUUCUGUAAAUCCAAAUAAUUUUAGUCAAACAAGUGAAGUUUUUUGA